GCGCGUGCGCGUCGGGGGCUGUAGGCCGACCGCGGCCCUGAGCAGGAGCCAAUAUGGCGGCCGAGCGCAAGACGAAGUUGUCCAAGAACCUGCUGCGCAUGAAGUUCAUGCAAAGGGGACUGGACUCAGAGACCAAGAAACAACUAGAGGAGGAAGAAAAGAAAAUGAUUAGUGAAGAGCACUGGUAUUUGGAUUUGCCGGAGCUUAAAGAAAAAGAGUGUUUCAUCAUAGAAGAGCAGAGUUUCUUGUUAUGUGAAGAUCUCCUCUAUGGAAGAAUGUCAUUCAGAGGAUUUAAUCCCGAGGUUGAGAAGUUAAUGCUUCAGAUGAACGCUAAGAACAAAACAGAAGAAGUUGAAGAUGAAACAGUGGAGCUCGAUGUGUCAGAUGAAGAAAUGGCUAGAAGAUACGAGACCUUGGUGGGGACAGUUGGAAAAAAAUUUGCCAAAAAAAGAGACCGUGCCAACUAUGAAGAAGAUGAAAAUGGACACGUAAAACCAACAGUUAAAGUAAAGAAAAUGUUCCUAAAGCCCCAGGAUUGAGGUGGAUGCUUUAAGACGGAGCCCAGGGGUGCCCCGUGAGAGUUAGCGUGUUGUGGAACUCUUUCCGAUGGCUCCUCGGGACUUAUUCAUACUGUACUGUUUACUUGUAAAGAAAUGGAUAGUUUAGGAGACGUGCCGUAUUUGAAACGUAUGUAGUGGAUGUUAUACAUCCUUUGCUUGAUGGUGCUCAUCAAGAAUGGAUUUUUAGCCCUCGAGCUUCAAAUGUGUAUGGGUGUGUGACCACUUCCUAAAGAUUUUUUUGACCUCAGAUUUUUUUUUUUAGUGGAGCUCUCCAGUCACUGACCUUGAAUUAACACGUAUAAAUUAAACCAAUGUUUAAGUUGCCCUUAGGUUUAUAUUGUACUUUAAAUUAUUAAUCAUGCCAAGCUCAUGUAUACGUAUAUUUUGGAAUCAAACAUAAUGAGGAUUUUUAUAUAUAAAUUCAUCAAGAACAAACAUGCCUCCGGCCCGACCUACUUGCAUGCUACCGAGUCAUUGUCGGUUGUGAAAUUAUUGUUUUUCAUUUAAAGCUUCUACUUAAUAAAAAAAAAACUUAUUCUGUAAUAAGUUUUCAUAUACUCUUCUAUUCUCUUAUACUUUCAGAUAAUUAUUUAGUAUAAUUCAGUAUUGGAACUUUUAUCCAAAUACUAACUUUAAGAAAAACAGCCAUUAACUUAGCAUAUGGUAAUGUGUUAGAUUGAACUGUAAGAAAUUGGCUUUUAUGGGUCAAACACAACCAACUUUUUGUUUUAAUCAUUAUGAAAGUUAUUAACCUGUAAAUGUGCCGUAUUUAGCUCUGUUUGGGCAAAGAAAUCAGCACAGAGAGGACGCCACUUUCCAAACCAACAGCUCACUUGCAUAGCCUAGAGUUUCUUUCUGACGGUGACAUGUUUUGCUUCUUUUCAUGGGGCUCUGAGUUUUCACUGACCCCAAGAGAGAAAAUACAUGGAGGUUCAGGAUGUUAAUUAUAAAAUUAAUAGUCGCUAGAUUCUCGUGUACAAAGUCCUGGUGUUUUCCUUAAGGCAUAUUUAAUCUGAAUGGUAUCUGGAGCUGGUAACUCUGGUAUCUCUUUCAUCAGCAUUGUAUGCAUGGGAGAAAACCCUGCCUGCCCAUGAGCAGCAGGGGUUACCCUGUGUUCUUGCGAAAUCGCAACAGGAUCAAACAAGACCAUUCAGGUAAUUAGGAUAAUCUGACAAAUGUCGGCAGACUGUGACUCCCAGUGACUCUGCCCCACCCACAGCAGGCUCUCAUACCCACACCCCCCCUCUGACCUCUGCCCCGAUCAUUCUUCUUCAUGGUCACUUCGUCAUGUGUAACUUCCAUCUCAAAUGAAUUCUGUCUCAAACCUGACACCCCUCAGCUCCUACCUCAGUUUCAUUUAAACCUCAUAGGGAUGACCACGAGUCAAAAGUGGAGAAUAAGAGAGGAAUAAGUCUGCAGUUCAGCCCACAGACCUGGAUUCCACAGCAUCGAUUCUGAAAGCAAUGGUAAAAGAAAACCUGAACCAGAGUGUGAAGCACAAACAUACACUUGACCAUGGGAGAUCCUAUCAGGUGUUUAAUCUGGAAGGGAGCUGAUCAUGGUUGGACCAAGAUGUUACCCAGAGGAAAAUAAAGUACGGUGGAAGCGGUUCUGGUGGAUGUUCUCCAAAUGAAUAGCCACUUGUGGCAGCGCCGCAAAGGGGCUUUCGAUGCCAGCCUUGUGCCCAGGAAACUUCUGACAGUACUCGUUUGUUGAAAAAAUACUGAGCUAUGAACUUGGCUGGGCACUGAAUUAUGGGCUAGGAUUGUGAAGAAUCAUCUCUGCUUUACCCAUGAGGAAACUGAGAUACGGAGACAUUGAAUAACUCAGUGCCACACAGCUUGUAAGUGCUGGAUCCGGGAUUUCAAUGCAGAGCUACUGACCCCAAAGCCCGUGCCCUUUUUCUGAUGUCACUUGGUAGGGGAAAGCAAAAUAAUGGAAUUGGGAAACGGAGAAAAUAGCCUGACCGCAGAAUGAGUCCCUACUUUUAUUCCAAUGGAGUCUUUCCGAAUCAUGCUGUACUACCUGUAACAUUGUAUUACAACAUUUUAAGUUAUUUCCUUUUUUAUAAAUUUGCUUUUUAUAGAUGAUAGGAAUUAAAUUUACAUUCACUGUCA